UGAUUGCAUUAUCGGAUCAGACCUAACGCACAGUCCAACAGUAUAGGGUUAAGUACACAGAGUUUAUGCUAUUUCCAGUCAACCAGUGUCGGUAGCUAACUAGUUAAGAUAAGACCAGCAGCAGCUUUGUUACCAACGGAUAACGUUAAGGAAGGAAAACAGAAGAUAUCUGAAAUGUCUUCAGACGAAGACAGGGCCAAGGAGAUUUUGAAGGGCUUCAAACUAAACUGGAUGAACCUUCGAGAUGCAGAGACGGGCAAAGUGCUGUGGCAGGGAACUGAGGAUCUCUCUGUACCAGGAGUAGAACAUGAAGCUCGCGUCCCGAAGAAGAUUCUGAAGUGUAAAGCAGUGUCUAGAGAACUGAACUUCUCCUCCUCAGAAAAACUGGAGAAGUUCAGGCUGGAGCAGAAAGUUUUCUUCAAAGGACAGUGUCUAGAAGAAUGGUUCUUUGAGUUUGGUUUUGUUAUCCCCAACUCCACCAACACAUGGCAGUCUCUGAUAGAAGCAGCUCCAGAAUCCCAGAUGAUGCCAGCCAAUGUUUUAACUGGUAACGUUAUCAUAGAGACCAAGUUCUACGAUGAUGACCUCCAUGUCAGUACCUCCAGAGUACGACUUUUCUACGUCUGACCUCUGACCUUUUGAUCUACCCUCCAAUAUGCUGACGUCCUGCCAAGGUCUAUAAAUUACCAAGGUUAGCUACAAUUUGCGGCAGUAAAAUACUCAUUGCUGACUUGGGAUCAGCACAUCUGGGUGAACCCCAGCUGUGGUCCCACAAUCGGUGAAGUGAGCUUUGUGUUUGGUUGUUCUCUUGUUUUGUAUUGACCUGAAAACCUCUUCUAGACUUUGGGAGGAGAGGGAAGAAGAGGAGAGAGCACUCUGUUGUGUCUUCUGUUCUAAGAUCAACUCUGUCUGCGUUUUCCCCUUCAGACUGUUCCACUGUAAAUACAUUAUCACUGAUCUCAAGUCAGACAGGGAACCACAAUAAUGACAUGAUUCAUGCUUUUUUUAAAUUCUGCCCUCUCUCAUGCCAAGGUUGCAUUUACUCAGGAACAGAACACCAGACUUUGAACAUGCUUGAUCUGAUCUUCUUUCUGUCUGAACAUGAAAACACUGCUUUCCAUAUGUUGUCUGUUUAAAACUAGCUGCAUGUCAGUGUCAAGGGAAGAUGCAGCUCAUUGUCUCUCCUGAGCUAUCUUCAGAAGGUCUUCAUCAUAAAACACUAGAUAAAAUUUCCUUUAGCUGUGUCGCAUUCCAGAGGCCAUCUCCUGUGAUAUUUGAUGUCAGAUUUUAUCAUCAUGGGUAAAUAAGGCUGUCCCUUUCCAAAGGCCCUGUGAAAUGCAGCCUCCUUCUGUAAUACAUUUGAAGAACACAACAGGGGUGUUGUUUGUGGUCCUUACUAUCCCCAAAUCAUUUGCACUGGUUAGUUUUUGUCUAUUUGUAAAGUCAGAAAACUGUUCUAUUGUCAGAGAAAUGGAAGUUAUAUGAAUAUAUUUGAACAUAUUUACUUUGUUAGCCAAUAACUCAACACUGAAAUUUCCACUUUUGAGUUGAGGAGGACUGCCUGAACGCAGGCACUAUUAAUGGUGGUCUCUAUGAGGCAAAGUAUUGGAACUGCUGAUGUAGCUUUAGUCCUCUGAUGGACACACCUUUGCAGGCAGCCUCUGAAGUGGGACACGGGAAAGAGACAAGGUUUAGUCAGUAGAAACUGAUAAUUAUGAACUACUGUAGACCAUUAGUUGUCAGUGUAGUGUGAUGAAAGACAAAGCGCCUGUUUUUAUUCCAGUCCAACACAAGAGACGCUGAUUUAACUGGAUCGCCUCUGUAUAUUGUCUGUAUUGUUUUGGAAUGAAAACCUGCACGCACACUUUCAGCAGCAAACAGGAGGGUGUUUUGUUACAUUCAUUAAUAUGAUUGUACUUGAGGUAUACUUAGAUUCAAAAUGUUCAACUUUCAACUAAAUCAUCAAAGCUGCUUAAGUUCUUAAAUGCAGCUCUGCUCCGGACAUUUUAGCUAGACUUUAACUUUGACUUCCCAUCCAAUCCACUGUGUUUAUGUCAUUGAUUGUUUUUUCUUAGAUGUUAACCGAGCUGUGUAAAAUAGACUUGUGUUUUAAUAUGACAGGAGUUGUGGAUUAAAGUCAUCCAAUA